AUGACGAGUACCGACAAAAACGAGCUCGGUAACGUGGACGCGGUGAACGCCCAGCUUCGCAUACCACCGUUCUGGACGGAUGAUGUAGAGCUGUGGUUUAACGUGCUAGAGGCCCAGUUCAAACACGCCCGGAUUACGAGUGAGAAGGCCAAAUUUAAUGCCGUCAUCGCGAAUAUAGACAAACCGUAUGUGCGACUCAUCCGCGACAUCGUAGUCAAUCCACCGGAGAGCGGGCAGUACGUGUUCCUUAAAAACCAACUUAUUAAAAGGCUGGGCGAGUUAGACGCCCGACGCCUACGCAAAAUAAUCGAGAGUGAACAAAUAGGCGACAGGACGCCUUCUCGAUUCUACCGGGAUCUGAAAUGCCUCGCCACCCCGGCAAUAUCAGACGAACUUAUCCGGACUCUCUGGGAAGGCCGACUCCCGGUGUACGUGCAACACGUUCUAGCCGCCGUCCAGGAUAAAAGGCCCGAAACUCUGAUCGCGAUCGCCGACAGCAUCUACGAAAUACACCCGGAACUAGGACAGGUUGUUGCGGUCGGUACAGACCGAACCACGGUAGGGGGCAAUCCAACAACGUACGGCGGCGGAGUAAACGAUGCUAUGGUUGCCGUCAUGAACGAGAUGAAGGAACAAAUAACGCAGAUACAGGCGCAGUCGCCUUACAAUAGACUGUUUAGAGUAACGCGAAGAGGCAAGAAAAUGUACACCAUCAAGGUUAACAAUCGCGAUAUAACGGUUUCCGCCGAUCGGCUUAAGCCAGCAUUUUUAGUAUCAGAGAAUCUCGACGCGAGAACCGCCGAAACCCGUAACAUACUUAUUCCACUAGAACAAAUGAACGCUCGUAAUGAAAGCGACGUGAAUAGCAACAACGAGGGAAACACUAGUAAUAGGUAUGUUACAGGCCGAAGAGUCCAUUUUCCUGAUUGGCUACAAGCAGCUUUCGGCUAG